CGCGCGAAGCUAGAGGCAGCGAAGAGGAUGCGUGCGUCUCCGGUGGACUUGAUUGCUUGCUUGGGAAUGUUUUUAACGUGGUUGGAUUUCCUACUCUUGAACAAAUAAUUGUUUCCCAAGAUCACACCUACUGAAUUGAAUGGUUAUGAGUCCCGAGAAUGUUCAGGGAAUUGUUGGAAAUUCUGGAAAAAAAAUGUUGUUUUGCAGGUUUGAUCGCGACCAGAGAGGAAGAUAGUAUCAGCUUGCUCUAAUUAUAACGCUGUUGCUUUAGGUUACAUAUUCAGUAUAGGCUACUUCUGUCAACUGGAAUACCCAAAGGAACAAGGUGGAAUAGUUUUUCUUCGUCCUAUUUCUGUUCUGCAACCCACAGAAGCCCUGCUGUAGUAGGCCUAUGUGUUUCAAGCAAUGAAACAGAAGUGUAUAAUUUUUUGACAGUCAAAUGUCAUAGUCAAAACGUACUGGACUGAGACGAUUCUCCUGGACUUUUUCUUUACUGCCAAUAACGUUGGAAUGAGUCAACCUGCCCUCAGGGCAAUUAAUACGAUUUGGUGAGUGAGAUUGCCUAGCAGCGAUGUCUCGACUGUACUACAGGAGGACAGACAACUCCUCCUACAGGGACCGGAUCGCUCUGAGGAUUGUCAGGGCCGAGUCUGAACUGUCUGUCCUGGAGAAGAACUACCUGGGAGCAGUGGAGAAAGGAGACUACGCCUCAGUCAAACAGGCUCUAGAGGAGGCAGAGAUCUACUUCCGGAUCAACAUUAACUGUAUAGACCCGUUGGGCCGCACAGCUCUGCUGAUCGCUAUUGAGAAUGAGAACCUGGAGAUUAUAGAGCUGCUGCUCAGCUUUAACGUGUACGUCGGUGACGCUCUGCUACACGCCAUCCGUAAAGAGGUGGUGGGGGCCGUGGAAAUGCUGCUCAACCACAAGAAGCCCAGCGGGGAGAAACAGGUUCCUCCCAUCCUAUUGGACAAGCAGUUCUCUAACUUUACUCCUGACAUCACACCCAUCAUCCUGGCAGCACACACCAACAACUAUGAGAUCAUCAAACUGCUGGUGCAGAAGGGGGUGUCCAUGCCCCAGCCACAUGAGGUGCGCUGUAACUGCAUGGAGUGCGUGUCCAGCUCUGAUGUGGAUAGUCUUCGACACUCCCGCUCACGUCUCAACAUCUACAAGGCCCUGGCCAGCCCAUCACUCCUGGCCCUCUCCAGUGAAGACCCUUUCCUCACAGCCUUCCAGCUCUCCUGGGAACUACAGGAACUCAGCAAGGUAGAGAAUGAGUUUAAGUCGGAGUAUGAGGAGUUAUCUCAGCAGUGUAAACAGUUUGCCAAGGACCUGUUGGACCAAACCAGAAGUUCCAGAGAACUAGAGCUGAUCCUGAACUACAGAGAUGACAUCAACCCUCUACUGGAUGAGAACACCAACGAUCUGGCCAGACUCAAACUGGCUAUCAAAUACACACAGAAAGAGUUUGUAGCCCAGCCUAACUGUCAGCAGCUGCUUGCGUCUCGUUGGUACGAUGAGUUCCCUGGGUGGAGGCGUCGUCACUGGGCAGGGAAGUUCCUAACCUGUGUCUUCAUCGGCCUCCUCUUCCCCCUCUUAUCCCUCUGCUACCUGGUCUCUCCUAAGAGCCGCUAUGGACACUUCAUCAGGAAGCCCUUCAUCAAGUUUAUCUGCCACACAACGUCGUAUCUCACCUUCCUGUUCCUCCUGCUGCUGGCCUCCCAGCACAUCGUCUCUACAGACCCUAACAGACAGGGGCCGCCUCCUACUGUGGUGGAAUGGAUGAUACUACCCUGGGUACUGGGCUUCAUCUGGACAGAGAUUAAACAGAUGUGGGAUGGAGGGUUCCAGGACUACAUCCAUGACUGGUGGAACCUCAUGGACUUUGUUAUGAACUCUCUGUACCUGGCUACCAUCUCUUUGAAGUUCGUUGCCUAUGUCAAGUACAGUGGCUUCAGGGCCAGGAACGAAUGGCAGAUGUGGCAUCCUACCCUGGUAGCAGAGGCUGUGUUUGCCAUCGCUAACAUCUUCAGCUCCAUCCGCCUCAUCUCUCUGUUUACAGCUAACUCCCACCUGGGACCUCUACAGAUCUCUCUGGGCAGGAUGCUGCUGGACAUCCUUAAGUUCCUGUUUAUCUACUGCCUGGUGCUCCUGGCCUUCGCUAACGGGCUCAACCAGCUCUACUUCUACUACGAGACAGACGAGGGACUGAAGGGAUGCAAGGGCAUCCGCUGCGCAACACAGAACAAUGCUUUCUCAACGUUGUUUGAGACGCUCCAGUCUUUGUUCUGGUCUAUCUUUGGGUUGAUCAGUCUGUAUGUGACCAACGUGGAGGCAGACCACCAGUUCACAGAGUUUGUAGGGGACAUGUUUGGAACCUAUAAUGUCAUCUCUCUGGUGGUUCUACUCAACAUGCUGAUCGCCAUGAUGAACAACUCCUACCAACACAUCGCUGAUCAUGCAGACAUUGAGUGGAAGUUUGCAAGAACCAAGUUGUGGAUGAGUUACUUUGAAGAGGGGGGGACUCUGCCUUCUCCAUUCAACAUCAUCCCGAGCCCCAAGUCAAUCUGGUACUUCAUCUGCUGGAUCAGGAAACACAUCUUCAAGAUCACCAGGGCCAAGAAAACAGAAACAUUUGGAACCAUAGGGAGACGGGCUGCCUUAAACGUAAGAACAAACCACCAGUAUCAGGAGGUUUUGAGGAACCUGGUGAAGAGAUAUGUAGCAGCCAUGAUCAGAGAUGCCAAGACAGAGGAAGGACUGACUGAGGAGAACUUUAAGGAGCUGAAGCAGGACAUCUCCAGCUUUAGGUAUGAGGUCCUGGGGAUGAUGAAGGGGAAGGUGGGGCCCGGGGGUGGGGGCGGGGCUCUAGCAGAAAGUAAACCCAGUGAAGAGGCAGGGGCCUCCAUUCUGGUCUACCCUGACCACUCCUUCAAGUACUCCUCCAAGAUCUCCCCAGCCACGCCUAAGACCAACAUGUUUCCCGACACCACAUCCAUACUCCAGCAGAGGGCAGCCCUCUCCUCCACCUCCUCCACAUCCCCUUCCACCUCUCAGGGCUUGAACCGACUGGUCAAUGGCUCUGUGGUACCCUCUUGGGCCUCCACUGACACCUCCUCCAACCCCACCUCCUCCACUCCCAUCUCCUCUUCCUCCUCCACUCCCAUCUCCUCUUCCUCCUCCACUCCCAUCCAUUCCUCCACCAAAGACAGGCUGGCCAGGAAAGACUUUCCCAAAGACAUCUGUGACUUUGGGCUCUACUCUGUGUCUGAGGAGAUGGGAGAAGUUGACCUGGAGGAGCUGGACUGUGAUGGAGAGAAGGAGGAGCAGGGUGGAGCGAGGGAGAGGACGUGUACAGAGAACGAAGAAAACAAAGAGAGGGGAGAGUGAAGAGAGAAGGAGGAGCAGGGUGGAGCGAGGGAGAAGACGUGUACAGAGAAGGAAGAAAACGAAGAGAGGGGAGAGUGAAGAGAGAAGGAGGAGCAGGGUGGAGUGAGGGAGAGGACGUGUACAGAGAAGGAAGAAAACGAAGAGAGGGGAGAGUGAAGAGAGAGAGUCCACGUUAAAACAGACUGUUGAGGAUGAAACGUAGAAGGACUUAUUUUAAUGUAUCAUUAUGAUGCGUCUUCAUGGAGGCCUGUGUAGUAGCUCGCCUUGCUUCUCCAGAACCAAUUCAGCUCUCAGACUAAUAUAUUCUGGUCUAUAAGACAGAAUGUAUAAGCUGGAAAACAGGAGACAAGAAGUCUGUUUCUUGGUCUGUGUCCCAAAUAGCACCCUAUUCUCUAUAUAGUGCACUGCAUUUGACCAGGGGACAAAAGGGCUCUGGCCAAAAGUUGCGCACUGUGUAGGGAAUAGGAUGUCAUGUGGAACAAGCAGAUAAGACGUCAUUCUCCGAUUAGGAUUUCUGGAAAACCUGGGAAUUUGGGGAAAGUUACUGGAGUUUUGCCAACCUAUACUGUACGUGAUAGAACUAUCAGUAUUUUAUUCACAGACCCUGUCUCUGCUGCUUCUCCCAGUCAGCCCCCUGCUAUUUGCAAAACAAUCCUUUGCCAUAAUGUAUAAUGGAAAACGCUAAUAAAUCUUGCAGGUAGAUCUAUACAAUGUCACACAUUGGCAAAUUAUUCAAAACUAGUUGGAUGAUGCUGUCUAGUCUAUUAUCUCGGGUGUUUCCCAAAAGGCACCUUAUUCCCUAUAUAGUGCACUACUUUUGACCAGAGCCCUAUGGGGCAACACCUGGAGAAGUAUGCAGGUGUUCGCAGGGCUACUCCUGAUGCUCGCAGGGCUACUCCUGAUGCUUGCAGCGCUACUCCUGCCCCCCUCCAACCAAGCCUUCACAUGCCCUGUCUGCCACUGCAGCUGGAAAUCCAGGAUUGGGCUCCACUACCACCAGAAGACCAGAAGUAGGGCCUACGGAAGAUUGGUUUUCUAUGCAUGCGAGUAAGACCUUUAGAAGCAACGUUUUCUUUCAAGUGAAAUCCCACAAGAGAUGCUAUACUGUACAUGUAGGGGAGAGUGGGGUAAGUUGAGCCCCCCUUGUUUCUAGGGAACCAUACACCAAAUUAAUAAAAAUGAAAGUACAUCCUAGUAGUUGUGUUGGCUAAUAUGUCAAAAUGUUUGCCUUGGUGUAGGUUGAGCCAAUGGCCAUGGGGUAAGUUGAGCCAAUGGCAAGUUGAGCAAAUUGAAAUGUUUUCUUCCCAGGCCUAUUGCAAGGCAUUAUCGCGGGGAUAGGAGGUAACAACAGAGACUGGCCUAUGUUAAUAGUGCUUUAAAAUGUACAUCGUUUUUUAGGUGUUAAGCCUGUGUUAAAAGAUGCUUAAACUUAUUUAAAGACAAAACAAUUAUUUGAAUUGUGUUAAAGAUAGACAUGGUUUUAAAAAGUUAGUGGUAAUAUUUCAUUCAGUACAGAAAUGUGAAGGCGGCUUAACUUACCCUGUCCCAUGGUUAAACUUACCCCAUACUCUGAGUAAGUUGUGCCAAGAGACAACUUUUUUUGGACAAGCUAUGUUUUUAAAACUGUAAUGUUUACUGGAAUUCUGAUUAUUUCCAGGGAUACACAACAUCCUGAAAUAUAUGUAGAUAUCUUUGUUAGAAAUAAUACUAUAUUUCCCUUGACGGAGUGAUACUGAAUGUAAAAAAUGGCUCAACUUACCCCACUCUCCCCUACAACUGAACGUUGACAUGGCUUAGCUUGUGAAAUCCAAUUCCUUAGCAGUUAGCUUUUGUGAGGAAUUCCCCACGUUCUUACCAUAUGAUGCUAUACUCAGUACUGACAUUAACACUGCACACUAACUCAGCUUCCAGCAUC